CUUUUUUAGUAGUUGGAACGCGGGGAGCAGCCUUUGGUAGCGUUCGAUCGGGCGGAGCGAAGGAUGCAAGGAGAAGAGCGGCAGCUUGCAUGCGGGUGAAUCGGGAGCGAACUGCGAAGCGAUUUGUUCCCCGCGCCAUCCGAUCCGGGGGUUCGAGGAUUCCGAACGCUAGCCGAGGUUUCUUGAAAGAUUGGGUUUUUAUUUGCUUCGGAUCUGGGCAGGGAGAGGAGGGGAUUGAAGGGGAUCGGAGGGGAUGGGGACUGCUGGUGCCGGAGAAGAUUUUAUUCGUCCGGAUAUUUUGGGGGCUGCCGAGCGUCGGGUGGCUGUUCAGGAAGAGGGAGAAGAUGAUGAGUUCUUCGAUUCAAGGGAAGAUGUAUCGGCAGUGUCCGAUUCGUGCCCUGGCAGCCCGACAAAGAAUGAUACUUUACUAGAAGAGAAAACCAUCGGUUGCCAAUUGGAGCUUUGGCUGAAGAGUCCUGGCAAUAUCAAGGAACGUAGAGAUAAGUUCAUGGGAUGGCUGCAGAGGGAAUUCUCAUGCUCAUUCUGUAGAUCACCUGUUCCAGAUGCGCAAACGCAGGUGAAUGAUGUCUGGCAAGGCAGCAACGCCAGGGCGUCGUUCAGUGAAGCUAUGGAAGUGAACAUGGUAUGCAAAACUACCAAAUUUGAUGAAAGUGCAGCCAUCACAGCGGAGGAGAUGGAGAAAAUUGAUAAAUUGAGAAGCCAUGAUGAAGUUUCUCCCAAUCCAGUGAAAACAGUUGAUGAUUUUGAGUGCUUCGUGGAGUCACCAUCAUUUAUUGAUCGGCUUUUGCGUCGAGGGGCUAGUGUGUCAAACAAAUCUGGCAGUUCAGUCAAAACGAAGAGGCUUGGCUGGCUGCGGAGACUUGGUGCUGCUGUUUGUACGGUAGACAAGGAAGGUGAUAAUGAUCAUUUGGCCUUCAGUGAUCCAGAUAAGAGUCAAGUUGCUGGAAUUGAGAGAGUGAAAGUCAUGCCAUACAGGAAGCAAACAAAGGAAUUAUCUGCUGUUUACAAGAGGCAAGAUAUCAAAGCUCACAAUGGCUCAAUCUUGACAAUGAAGUUUAGCCCUGAUGGCCAGUAUUUAGCUAGUGGGGGUACGGAUGGGAUUAUUCGUGUGUGGUGUGUCAUGGAAUGUGACAGGAAAGAUGAGAUUAGCAUUCACAAGGCCGAUCCUUUGUGUGUAUACUUCACUGUAAAUCACAGAGCAGAGUUAACUUCUGUCCGCACUGAUGAUAAAAAAUCCAAGUCCAAGCGCAUAAGCAAAUCUCUUGAUUCAGCUUGUGUUGUAAUUCCUCCUGAUAUUUUCCAGUUAUCCGAGAAACCUGUGCAUGAAUUCCAUGGUCACCAAGCAGAUGUAUUAGACCUAUCAUGGUCUUCAAAUAAGUACAUUUUAUCAUCAUCCAAGGACAAAACUGUUCGCCUGUGGCAUGUUGGAUCUGACAACUGUCUCAAAGUGUUCUGCCAUAUCGACUAUGUGACUUGUGUUCAGUUUGACCCAUUUGAUGAGAAUCACUUCAUUAGUGGAUCCAUAGAUGGAAAAGUUCGGAUUUGGGAAAUCUCGGGAUGUCAAGUUGUGGAUUGGGUUGAUGCUAGAGACAUUGUUACUGCAAUUUGUUAUAGACCAAAUGGGAAGGGAGUUGUUGUCGGCACCAUGGCAGGCAAUUGUCGCUUUUAUGAUGCUUCAGGAAAUCAUCUUCAGAUGGAAACUCAGGUAUCAUUUCAAGGGAAAAAGAAGUCUCCUUAUAAGCACAUUACUGGAUUUCAGUUUUGCCCAAGAGACACUCAAAAAUUGUUGGUCACAUCUGCGGACUCGCAAAUCAGAAUAUUCAACGGGAUCGAUGUGGUCACCAAAUAUAGAGGUUUCCGAAAUGCUAGCAGUCAGAUAUCUGCAUACUUCACGGCAGAUGGGCAACAUAUUGUCUCUACCAGUGGAAAUUGCUACGUUCAUGUCUGGAACAAUGUAAACCCUGAUUUACCUAUAUCCAAAAGUUGCGAGAGCAUAUGGUCCCAUGAACGUUUCUUGUCCGACAAUGCGUCAAUUGCUAUACCUUGGCAUGGUCUAACUUCCAGUAAUCAGAUUUCUAUGACCUCGGAGGUGUUCCAUCUUCAACAAGAACACAGCAGCAACCCACUCCAAGUCCCACAUACAUCAGAACAUGAUGUCAAACACACCUGCGGCACUAACAACACCUUGUGUAUCUCAUCUUCUGGUAGUUUUACUCUGACUCGAGAAUUCUUCUCGGGGUUAGCGACAAAGAGUUCAGCGACCUGGCCUGAGGAGAAAAUCCACUUGUUCUCUGCUGCACCUAGAUUUUCCAGAUCCCUUUACAAGUUCUUGAAAACAUCAUGCCUGAGUAGUUCUCACUCUUGGGGCCAAGUGAUAGUAACUGCUGGGAAUGAUGGAUGGAUCAGGACCUAUCAGAAUUUUGGUUUGCCGUUUCAUCUACGAUAACUUAGCCUUCAAAAGCUGCUCUAUGCCUCUGAUCUACGAAGGGGCAUCACUGACAAGCAUCCUGGCAAAAUUUUGCUUGGGAACAUGCUGAUGGCCCUUGAACAUAUCGGAAGGAUCACAUUGAACCAGUGCUUUUAAAUUCCGACUAGACCAGCCAGUUCAACUAGUUAAUUCGAGAACCGAAACGUAAAUGUUUGCUCAGAAAGUAUGGUUGCAUUGGAUCUUAGCAAAAGCAGUUGUUCAUUGAAGAAACUGAAGCUGGCAGAGGAAGUUUAAGUCCUGGUUGGUUUACUGAAAUUUCUUUUUCUUUUUCUUAGGGUUCAGUUGAUAUAUGAUUCAUUAAGAUUGAAUCCAAUUGUUGUAAAGUGCUCCAGUUGGGAUAAAAGUUUCUGUUAGAUAGGAAAAUUAAGAUAAUUAUACUCUUUUAUUCAUUUAAAGGCAAAAAAGCAUUGAUUUUUUUUUUUAAA